GUAUCCUCUUUCUCAAAGCCUCUGUUAGGACACAGUCACCCACAGGGACAACUGUUAACAUCCACUUGUAUGUGCAUACGUGUUUAGGUGUGUCCAUUGUGUUGACGUUCUGAACGACAGCAAUCCGUCAGUCUUUAUCAAUGGAAACUAGACUUUGAAGACGCUGUAGAUUURAGGUCAACAWCUACUGCAACAUGGGUGGUGGACAUCUCUUAAUUGAUGACGUGAGGAGCACUGAGAAGAARACAAACACAAUCUGUGUCUUGAUGUCUAUUCUCUGUCUUCACUUUGGACUGGUGAAACAGAAGCAGAUUUUCCCACUGGACAUGACACCUGAUUCUGUUGACGACAAAUACGAUGGCUGCAGAGACRAAGCCUUUAAGAGGGUGGAURGCUACUACCUCCCACAUGAGAAAAACACCACCACUAACUUCAGAAGAGCCUGGGACAUAGCAGAGAAACAUGCAUCCAWUCCAAAAGAUGGUCUGCAAAAAGUGCAUUCCAUCGCUAUGUAUUUGUUCACAAAUAACAAACCCCAACCUCCCUCUGAAUCCAUCUACCUAGACUUCAACGAAGCAGUUAGACGAGGCAGACAUGGGUAUGGAACGUCAUUCCAGUACCAUUCCCUGCACUUCUAUCUAACUGAUGCCAUUAAGAUUCUCAAACAAAGUCAAACAACAUGUAGGACCACCUACUUUAGAACAAACGUAACUUUUGAUCAGGAUGUUGACAACGAAGAAAUGCGCUUUGGUUAUUUUGUCUCAAGUUCUUUACGUAAGACCUUAUACGAUUUUGGAGACACAUCCYGCUUUGAGAUCAACACAUGUUUUGGUGUUAACCUGRCAUAUUACUCUGCCUAUGCAAACGAGGGGGACGUUUUGAUUCCUCCCUAUGAGGUAUUCAAAGUGACCAACGUCCAGACAAAGGCAGCAGUCRGUAACCUGUGGUGUAAAGUCGUCUACACUCUAAAGAGCACUGGGAAAUGGAAGAGUGACCUGAAUUGUAAAGCAAUAGAUACAGGCUACUGCUACAUAAAGCUAUUGACUGUGUUGACAGUCACNUUUGAUGUGGAAAAUGCACCAACCAACAUCCAAAUGGAGCUGAUUGAACUCCAGUGCAACGACACGCUGAAGUCAAAGUAUGAUGCUGUGGGAGCCGCACAGUUUCCACGGUUCAUCCCUGACACAAUGCCUCAGCUCCGCACCAAGCUGCUCAGAUGCUCUCCAUGUUCGGCAGCACUUAUCUAUGCGAGCAACUUUCUCCUCGAUGAAGAUGACCAAAACAACUCACAGGAGACGCUGACUGAACACCUUCGCUCGAUACUGAGGAUUUCUUCAGCUCAGAGCCUGAGCCCAGACAUUGAUGAACUAGCAUCCAAGAAGAGAUGCCAGGUAUCUGGCUUGGGCACAUCAGAUUAG